AUGCUCGCUGCAAGGGACACAGUUGGAACGGCCCUGACAUGGAUCUUCUACUGCCUCGCCCAGAACCCUAACAUUGUGUCAAUCAUGCGCAAUGAACUCUCACCGAUUGCAUCACACAAAGUAGUAGCUGGUGUUGGCACUAUGGUGAUAUUUGAGCCGGCUGAGACCAAAUCUUUAGCCUAUGUUAGGGCUGUGUUGUAUGAGACUCUCAGGUUGUACCCGCCGGCACCUACUGAGCUCAAGACGGUGGUCGCCGACGAUACAAUGCCGAGUGGCCAUGAGGUGCAUGCCGGCGAUGCCAUCUUUAUUUCUCUCCGUUCCAUGGGGAGAAUGGAAGGCAUAUGGGGUAAGGACUGUCUCGACUAUAACCCAGAUAGGUGGCUCUCGAAGGAUCGCAACAGUCUGAGGUAUGUACCAUCUCACAAGUUCUUGGCCUUCAACUCAGGGCCAAGGAUGUGCCUCGGUAAGGACAUCGCGGUCAUGCAGAUGAUGACGGUCGUCGCCUCAACACUAUGGAACUUUGAUGUGCAUCUAUUGGAAGGGCAAAGCAUCGAGCCCAAGGCAUCUUGUAUACUAGAGAUGAAAAACGGGCUUAUGGUUAAGCUGAAGAAGCGAGACGUGUAA